AAGUAGCCACAAAACGCCAUCACUUGCUCUCUCGCCUUCUCUCUCGCGGAAGCGGAAGCCAACAUGUGUGCAGGAGCAUAUAAAUAGCAGGACGACCCGCAGAACUCGCUCACUCUGCUUGGAGAGCUUGGAGUGGAGUGCCAACGCUCCAGCCGAGGCUCCCGAAAUUUGGCAACAACAAUCCAGUCUGUUAUUUUGCGCAGUUCGGAUUUACUACGCUGAUUUACUACCCACUGUCAUGCCAGAAAGCUGAAACCGAAAGUAGCUCCAGGAUCUAGAAAAGAUGGAGACCACGACGGGCUACCAGGACAUCAGUGCCCUGGAAAAAUCGGUGGCCAAUGCCGGUUCGCAGCUUUACACGAUGGCCCACAAACUGCAUGCGGUGGAGCGCAGCCUCGAACAGACGACGAUGGAGCAGAUGGACGAAAUGGAGGUCCUCGAGCUGCUCGAGUCGAUGAGCGAGGUGACCAACGAGUACCAGAAUCUGCGCAAGGACAUCCGGGAGGUGCAGCAGUUGCAGCGUGACGUCAGCAGCUCCAUACGCUACCAAAUGCGCAGCAUGCAGCAGACAUUCCACACGCUGAAACAGCGGAUAGCCAGCUCCCAGAAGGGUCGCAAAAAGCCAGAAACCCUCGACGGAGCAGGGAGUGGGUGUCAUGAAUAAUCCAUGAGCCUUAUUGAUUGGCCUCCCAGGCGAACAAGGGCCGACAAGGAGCGAAAAAUGUGUCAAAGGGGGCGGAAAAGUAGGGACUAUAUAGACACCAAUCUGAAGCAAUCAACUGUGUAACUAUAUAUCGCAAACACACAGACACACCAAGCAUUUAGACUCGAGAACAGAUCCUAUACUUUAUAUAUAUACACUCGAAGAAAAACCACACCCAAUUGUAAGCACACUAAUGCGCUUUUCACGCUAUGUUUUGGGUUUUGGUGGUGAUGGGAGAUGAUCAAGAUGAUCACCAUUAUCAAAAUCAGAACAUAGUGUAAAAUGCACUCAACACAGACUUUUAGAGUAGGAUGAAUAGCGUACUUUACGACGAACCGAAAUGUCUGAAUGCACUUUUCCAAAAUUUGCCUUAACAUAAUCGUAUUUUGAGCUAGUUUUUGAUACGACACGUUUUAAAUAAUGAUACCAAGCAAACAAUACACACAAUGGCAACCUGUUUUUGGUUAUUCUUGUGUUCGUUUCACGUUUGGAGAUCCGUUUGUUGAAUUCUAGAGAAAAAUAAAAGUUAAGCCCAAA